GAGCGAGGGCCGUUUUCUUUCUCCGUCGGCGCGUCUUCCCCUCUCGCUCCCCCCUACGCUUGCACGUCAGUUGAUAAAACGGCAUUCGAGAUCCGACCACAAUCCAGGUUGAACAUGGCAGGUAACCAGCCGUCCUGACUCUCAAGUGUCUGUGUGUGUAUGUGUGUGUGCGUGUUCUGUAAGUUUCUUCUAGUUUUUGGAUGGGUUUACUGUGCGUAAUAUGCCGAGAAGACGUAACGGUGAAAUCCCUCUGCCCGAGGGAUGGGAUUUCGCGAGGGACUACGACGGCAAAGUGUAUUUCAUAGACCACAACAGCAAGAAAACAACUUGGAUAGAUCCAAGAGACAGGUACACGAAGCCGCAGACGUUCGCCGAUUGCAUCGGUACCGAACUACCGUUGGGUUGGGAAGAAGGAUACGACCCAAAUAUCGGCGUUUAUUACAUCGAUCACGUGAACCAAUGCACUCAAUUAGAGGAUCCAAGGUUGGAAUGGAGAGCUAUCCAAGAAGAUAUGCUGCGGGAUUAUCUUCAUACUGCUCAAGAUGUCCUGGAGGCCAAGAAAGAAAUCUAUGAUAUCAAACAGCAAAGGCUAUACUUGGCCCAGGAUGAGUACAACCAUUUAAAUAAUGCUUUAAGUACUCUAAAUACUUCUAGGACGAGUUUGUGUUCGAGUUCGAGUUCCCUUAGUACAAAAUACGAUCCCGAUCUGCUCAAAUCUGAUGUUGCUCUUGCCAAAAGUAGGGUCUCGAGGCUUAAGAGAGAGUUAGAACAAAUUAGGGCAGAAAUGUCUUGUACUCAGCGAGGGGUUGAAACGCUUACUUCUGUGGAACAAAAACUCAACGGAGGGUGUUAUAACAUAAAUGAAGCCCAAGCGAUGGUAGCGGAACUGCGGGAAAUUCAAAGAUCUCUUACAUCUGGGGAGCAAGAAAAGUCAGAACUUAUGAGGUCAUUAGCUAAAUUAAAGGACGAUUUGACGAGGCUUCAAUUGGGUGAAAGUUCCCCAGAAGUCAGCACAUUAUCCUUACCCAAUACUCCGAAUCCAGUUAAUCAAAUAACACCUUCAGAAAAAUCUUCUACAGCCUCACAGACUGAUUUGUCAGGAGAACUGGUCCCAAUGGGUACUAGAUUAGCAGCGAUGGCUCGCAUGAGGUUAGAAUAUGAUGAGGCUAGGAAAAAGAUACAAUUUAUUCAACAACAACUAGCUGAUUUGGAAGAAAAAGUAACUCCUGGUCAAGCAGAAAGUGAUAAAGACAGAUUGCUUCUCUUCCAAGAGAAAGAACAAUUAUUGCGAGAACUGAGGAGUAUUACACCCCAUACUAGGAGUCACCAAGAAAUGACUGAUAUUCAAAAUGAGAUUCGACGAUUGGAACAAGAUCUUAAUACAGCACUUGAAAUGUCUAAUAGAGCGAUUGCUGAUAGACUUCGACUGCAUGAGGAGAAGCAAGUUUUGUUAUCAGGGUUACGCGAUGCUUUGAAAACAAUGACUUCCUUAGAAUCUCAAUUGCGAACAUUAUCAGCAUCAACUCUUUCUGUCAGUUCGAGUUCAAGUCUUGGCUCCUUGUCAACAACAAGCAGUAAGGGUUCGUUGUCGUCUGCACUCAGUUUUACUGAUAUUUACGGUGGACCUCAAUGCCUUCUUAGUUCAUCAAGUGACAGACCUAUUGACAUGAUUGAUUUGCAUAAAAGGGUCGAACGUCUUUUAAGGGGAGAUUCAUGCCCGCCACCUCCAGCCUAUGAAGCAUCUUGUGAUCAUAGACCUCCUCCUGGUCGAUCUCCACCGUUAUCCCCCAUUUCUGAAACCUCACCUACCCCACCAACUGCUUCUGUGUCGGCAGCUGUAAGUGAUGAAAGUGUUGCUGGUGACUCAGGCGUUUUUGAAGCAUCACAAAGAACGUUGGAUAUGUCCCUUGAUACUGCACAAGUGCAAAUUAAAUUAAGAUAUUCGAUUCGAGAUUGUAUACUUCACAUUGGAAUUGAAAAAGCAAGAAAUUUGGCAGCUCUUUUCAUUCCCGAUCGGUGCCAAGUGUAUAUAAAAGCCACCCUUCUUCCAAAUAGUCUACAGAACACUCAAUCCUGCUGUACAAAGCCUAUCGCUGAGCUUGAUAAGGCCAGGUUUAGUGAAACUUUCCCUUUUCAAGUGCCUCUGAAAAAAUUGUAUACAAAAACCCUUCAAAUCAAUGUUUGGUCUUUAGCGAUAGAAGGACAAACAGAAUGCCUGGGCUCUGUGCAAGUUAGUUUGGCUGACUUUACACCAGAUUGUACUUUGCUAAAAUGGUACAACAUUCUAAGCUAUAGAUUUAUGGUUGGUGAUUCACCUUUGACCAAUCAGACAAUACCCACUGAAAAACAGCAAAAAGAAGAAAGCAGUGAUGAAUCAACUAUUAUUUCAUCUCAGACAUCCACUUUAACAAGAAAUCAAGGUUGUGAAGGUGUUCCUCCACAAGGCAUUAGUUCAAGGCUAGAGGAGCUUGAAAGUGAAGAUGAUGAAAACGAUCUUGAUGAAGAAGAGGAGGAAUAUCAGGAUGAAGAUGAAGAAGGCAUUGAAAUAUCAUGCACUGAUGAACUUAGUCAAGUUCCUGAGGAAUCUGAAGAUGAAAGUUGUGAGAAAGAAGACAAAGAAACUAAUACUGAAUGCGUAUUUGUUCCUGAAAAAGGUUGUAAAUCUGGAAUCCAACAUAUCAUUAAGAGGUCACAAACAUUUUCACCGACUGCAACCAAUCAAUACAUUUGUAGGUUAAACAGAAGUGAUAGUGAUAGUUCCAUGCCUCUUUAUCGCCGAAAUCAGUGUGCAUUCCAAAGAGGUUCUGUGGAAAGGCGAUCUCUAAGGUGGCGUGGAGGUAAGACGAAAGGUCGAACCCCUCCGACACAUCAUGCCCCUCAUUCUGGAGCACCUCGGACAUCACUUGACCUAGAAUUAGAUUUAAGAGCUCAACAUACAAGACUUACAGCGUUGCAAGAUGACCUUCAAAGGUUAAGGGAAUUGAAAUCGCGGCUUGAAACUGCAAGGGAAAAAGGUGAUGUUGAAGUUGCUGCCUGGGUAAUGGAGGAUGUUCAGUUCCAAAACUUUGUUGCUCAGGCUGAUGGGAAAAGUGCGGAUGAAAAGAAGGUUGAAAAACUUCUCAAGAAAACUUCUAAGGAAAUUUAUAAACUUAGGAAAAGUAAGGCCGGGAAAGGAAAACCUGAUCUGAUAUCUUUUAAAGAAAAAAUGGCCUUUUUUACACGAGCCAAUGUUAGUGUCCCUCUACUACCAAACGAUGAUGACAGUGAAACUCAGAGGUAUGAAUACACUGUUGACCGAGCAUUGGGGGUAGAAGUUUAACAUAAUUUUGUAAAAUUAGGUUGAAGCAUUUGGAACGUCAGUUUUUUCCAGGUUAAAAAAAAUACAUUGUUCAACAAAGAUUGAUUUUCUUUUAAUAAUUUUCUACCUAAUGUAAAGCAUGGAAAAUUGCCAUAACUCAUUUAUAGUUUAUUAGUCACUUCAGAAGCAAAUAUUCAUGAAUGCAAAUAAAAUUUGUGUUCUGGUAAAUAUCAGUAUCACAAAAAGUACUCAGAAGUAUAACUAAGUGGUUUGAUUUUUGUUCCAGUUAAAAUUUAACAAAUAGUUACAUAUCAUCACUGCAUUUUUAGAUAAUUAAGUAUCGAGCUAGUUAUUAUAACAAAUUUCUCUUUCUGAAUUUAAAGUAUUUAUAUCAAAAUUUAAAACUGACAUUUCAUUUGUUUACUACUCAAUACCUUGGAAGCACCAAAGUGAUAGUUAGGAAUGGAAAGAUUGUGAUAUUUUUGGAUAAAGCUCCUUUUAAUAAUAUAUUUUUCUAAUAAUAUGCUAUGCUUAGUUCUCUCAAUAAAAGCAUUUAGGAAACUAUUGUAUGAAUUCAAUGUUUUAUUUUAGUUUGUUAUGAUUUAUGUAUUCGAUAUGACUUUCAUUAUUAUUAUUAAUCAUUAUAAUUAUUAUAAAACACUGUCACUAUCCAAAUUUUUGUUACAGUGUUUGUUCUUUAUUAUUAACUCAUUUUAAAAGCUGUGUUUUUAAUUUCAGUCGAAAAUAAGUGGAUAAAAUUAACACUCUAAUGAAUAGUUAAGUAGUUAUUAGCAUUAGAAUAUAUUGCCCAAUUAGACAAAUUAAUGACUUUAUGUUCGAUACAUAGAGAAAUGAAGGGCAUGUUGUCAUGGAUAUACAGAGUUUGAUAUAUUUAGAAAGAGCAUUGUUUUAGUCGGUGGACAUGUGCUAGUCAGCAUAAUGGAUUUAGUGAUGCCUAAGAUAGUAAUUAAUCUGUUGUAUACUUGUAAAAUCUGAUAAUUUUUGUUAUUGAUAAAUAAAACAAACCACCGUUAGUUCAUUAAUAUUAUUCAUUUUUAUUUAUCCUUAAGAACAAAGAAUGAUGUGUUCAGACUAAGAAUAAAAUAAAAUUAAAAUGUAGA